GUCGCUGCUUUAUGAAAUUGAGACAUGCGAAAGGCCACUACCAAGAUUUUUUUUUUUAUUCCUAUCUUUGGUUUUAGACAGAUUUACUCAAGGUAUUGAUUUUCUUUAGAAAUAAGGAACAAUUCCUUUUUUUAAAGAUCUCUGAAAGGUGGAACCGAUUUCUAAGACUUUUCUCGGUAAUUCUAGUUAAUUUCGAACUAGCUAUAGAUAUUGGUGUUCUUUGGUUUUGGUUUGCCAUUGCAAAAAUGAAGAAUAAAUACAGCCCUGUUUCAGAUUCUGAUGACUCUUUCAAAGUGCUCAAUGAUGAAAAGUCAGACGCUAGAUCUUUAGAUGGUACUGGUACGCCUCCUCCGUACUCAGCUCCGAACAAAUUUAUUGAUUUAGAAAUGGCUGAUGGAUCCACUCAGCAUUCUGCCCAAGAGUCCACUAACAUUACUGGGUCGAAUUCGACAUAUUCAAAGUGGGUUUCAGCGAAUAUCUUCUUUUUUUUUGCGUCUCUUGGGUACAUUGGGGCUUAUUGUAUCCUUCUCGUAAUGUUCUUUUAUUUCAAGGUUCCUGUGAGGGCGCAAGACCUUUGGGGACUUUUUGGCGGAUUUAUUGGAGCGAUAUCAUUAUUUCUCUAUUCAAUGUCUCAAUUUCCUAAAGAAUGGUUCACGCAAGCUGGUAGAGUGCUGCCCAACAUGUGUGCCGCAGUAUUAUGUACGGCUUCUCUGAAUGUCGUUGGUUUCGUCGUCUAUCGUAAUGUAAAGAAAAUAAUAGGAUUUGAAAAGAUGAACGAUAUUGCUUUCUAUGGUGUCUGCAUUGUUAACGUUGCCGUGUUUGUUUUAUUUUGGAGUAUGUCUUACACCCUGCGAAAUAUUCUAACUGUUCUAGGUACGACGGAUACGCGACAACUUCGAAUAUUCAUUGCUGAUUUAGGAAACGGCAUAACAAAUGCUGCGAAUUAUGUUCGACCGACAGAUCCAGAAAAUGAAGCACCUCAUAACGAGGAAAUCGAGCUUCAACCUUUUGCUGGGCAAAGCGCUGAAGUUUGAGUUUUAACGAAUCUUUUCCAUCCCUCCUAUAAAUCACAUUUUCCUUGGAAGCAUUCAUAUCAAUUGCAAUCCCUCGAGUUUCUGCAUUCUUGUCCACAAAAGUAAGCACAGCUUCAUUCGGCAGGUUGGAUUGCUUUUCACGUUCACUCUUUUAUGAAUCUAAGAAUUCGUCUCGCAAUAGUGUUAUUUAUGAAUCGUUCGUUUUCUUUCUGACGAACAUCCUUGUUAAAGCAACCUUUUUAAUGAUUAUUUAAUUGUUAUGGCGAUAAUCUUGCAAAAUAGUCAACCGAUUUCUAAUUCAAAGCUGGACAUAUUCAGAUUGGCCGUUUCAACUAAUGUAGUCUAAUAAUUUACUUCUCAAACUACAGCUUCGUCAACUGCUAUAAAUUCAGACAUUUGGUCUCACACCUCAACGACAAUUUAGCACAAUGUGAAUAGCUAGAAAAGAGAACAACAGAGUGCUUUAAUCUUGUAAGUAUCAAAA